AUGCGAAAAACCAGCGGAAAUGCCCAAGUGACGGGUGAACCCGAAGAAAGAAGAGUACAACAAAAGGAGCGGACCGAGGCCGCGAUCAUAAAUGGCGUUGCGUGGCGGUGUGCAACGCUACCAGCACCUCUUGGUUCCGCCGCAUUCAGGCAGGGUCUCCAUCUCACGGCGAUGCUAAUUGCGAUUCAAACGCGAAAGGACGCCACCAUCUGGGCCUGUCUUCGCAGUGCUCACACACACAGCUGCGGCCAAAAACAGCAAGGGUCUCUCACGCGACAACCUAUUUGA